AUGUUCUGUCGAGCCAAAUGCCUUCUCAUAGUCUUCAUUUCUAUUUCUCUCUUUUACUUCCUCCUUUUCUCUCAAAUUUUUGUCCCUUUUCACACAAUUGUUUCCACUUAUUUUUCUCCCUUUAUUUCCAUCUACAUUCGUUUACUUUAUUUAAUUAUUACUUUUUCUUCUUCCUUAUUUCUAUGCCUUCUUUCUCUUUUUCAUGUCCUUUCUCUUUUCCUUUUUUCCUUUCACGUCUUUCUCUUUGUUUUCUUUCUUCUUUCAUUUAAUUUCUUCUUUCUUAGAGGCUUUCUUUUUUCUUCGCCUUUCUUUCUCUUUCUUCCCAUAUUUUCUUUCAUUAUAGUCUUUCCUUCCACUCCAUCUUUGUUUUUGUACCUUCUUCCUUGUUUUCUUUUAUUUCUUCUAAGCUUUCUCUCUUUUUAUUCUUUUUUAUUCUUUUUUAUCCUUUUUAUUCUUUUUUAUUCUUUCUCAUUACUUUUUUUCUUUUCUUUUUCAUAUUUGUCUCUUUUUCCUUUAUUCGUUCCCAAGAAUAAUUUCCUUCCUUUGAUUAAUUCCAAGUUGUUGUCUUUCCUUUCUUUCCGUAUAUUUCUAUUUUCUUUUUCUCAUUGUCACUCAUACACCAAUGACCGAACUCAUGACAACGGUGACCGAGUAGCUCUCUCUCUCUCUCUCUCUCUCUCUCUCUCUCUCUCUCUCUCUCACUCAACAAUUAUUAGAUUAUCAUUAUCUUUCUGGUUUUACUUUUUAUCGCCUUUUUCUUUUUUUCUUUUAAUUCCUCCUCCUAAUAUUCUUCUUUCUUUUCCUCUUCUUCUUCUUUUUCGUGAUUAUCCUUUUUCCUGUCCUCUUUCUUCUCAUCCUCUUUCUUUUUCUUUUCUUCACUGCUUUGCUUUUUCCCUCUCUUUGAUCUUCGCAUCCUUUCUUUCUUUUCUUCUUCCUUUUCUUCUUUUUUCUAUACCCUUUCUUCUCAUUCUCUAUAUUUUCUUUCUUCUUUUCUUUUCUCGGCUCCCUUUCUCUUUUCCUCUUUUUUAUCUCAUCGCUCUCUUCCUUUUUCUCUUUAUUUUCUAG